AUGUAUUUGGUACAUGAAAGCGUCAAUACUGACAAAGACCAGUUUGGUAUUGUUGGGGUACAAAUAGCGGGAAAUGAGAUAAAUCUGAACGUCCUUGUCAGAGAUAAGGUUAAGUUUGAUGAUCUCUCAAAGUGUAAAAUAAGCCAAAUAUUUGGCGAUCUUGGAGAUGAGAUAAUUGUGUCACAAUCUAUUUGUAUCCUUUUUUUAGUACAAAUCAUAACACAAGACCCAAACUUUCUCAGCAAUUCUGCAUCAUUGUUCACUCUUCGAGAUGCUCGUUCAUUGAAAGCGAAUUUCCGCUCAGCUACGGAAGCGAAGAAAGUUAUUCCUGAUAGAAAUGAAAGAAGAGACUUAGAUAUUGACCAAUUGAGUCAAAAUAAUCACGUUAAAACAUUCAUUUACAAAUUGCACAAAGUUGUCGAGAACUCAGGAAUUGAUAUAGGAACGAGUGAAGCUAUUACUGAUACAUUGGUGGCUCAUUUGAUAUUUCUUGCUGUCGACUUUAAUCAAUGGCCCUUGAUGGUUGAAUUACAUCCAACACUCAAAUUUUUCGUUAGUAAUGCAGUUAUUUCAGCAAAAGCCGAAUUUAUAAUUAAUUAUAAAGGAUAUACUGUGUUGAUUGUUGAUGAUAAACAUCUAGUUAACGUUAGGCCAGGCAAUGACUAUGGGGAACCACAAAUAUUGGCUGAAAUGCUUGCUAGUGGGCAAGAAAAUAUACUUCAAGCUCAAGAGAAUCAUGAUGUAAUUAUAUUUGUAGUUCGUGUAAUUUCAACUUACGUUACGUUUUAUCAUGCUAUAAUCCAUAAAAGAUAUUGGGAUGAACUUGGUGCAGGUUGCCCACGACAGCAAUCAGUUACAAUUUUUAGAUGGCCAGGGAAUAGUAGUAAACCAUCUGCUGGUUUUGAUCUUGCAGAACCAGUUGGAAGAAGAAAUGUGCUAGAAUCAUUAUGCAAGAUUCGUCAUUACAUCUUAGAAUGA